AUGGGGUUCGAGGAGCUGAACGAUUUGACAAGGGGGGCCCUCUUGUAUGGACACCUUCAGCAGCAGGUAGUCGUCGCGACCAACAAGACAAAGCCGCCGUUGAGACUCGAUGGAGUCAGCGGUGACGAGGACUUUCAUGCUAUUGUUGAGGAUCGGCAUGCCACACUUGAGGAUCCUGCAACUCCACUCUCUGACAAAGAAUUUGGCUCGAUUCUACAAGAAAUUGGGAUUAUACUUCAAGGCCGGAACGUCAUACGAGCGUUUGUGGCAUUGUUAUCGUUCAAAAUACGGCCAGACUCGAGGACUCAGGCGCCGGCAGAUGCCGUGGACUGUUACAAGAAGUCUGAGCGACUUACUGAGCAAAUAGAACUCAACUUCCUUGAAGACGACCUGUCGUGGGCCGCAUGGUACGGUGCCGAGGAAGUAGUGGGAACUCUGGUCCGGGUAGGUGCCAAGAUCGACAGAACGGAUGCAGCGGGCUAUACGGCCCUACACAGGGCGGCCAGGAAAAACAAUGGCGAAAUAGUCCGUCACCUGUUGAAGGCGAAUGCAACCACGGAGAUCGGUAGCCUUGCUGGCUCUACAGCGUUGCAUGGGGUAUUCCUCUGGAAAAAUAGCACAUUAUCUAGGGAACACCAGCUGCAAACCUCCCGAGUUGUGCGCAUGCUGAUGGAAGGGGAAGCCAAUGUUGACGCUACAGCCGACGACGGACAAUCGGUACUCUGGACGGCGGCUCAGACAGGAUCAACAACACAUGUGCAAAUCGGGCUUGACAAUGGGGCGGAUGCCAAUAGACUCGACGAUUUCGGAAACAGCCCGCUUUCACUUGCUGCCGGCUCUGGGUAUGAGGACGUCGUUGCGGUAUUGCUUCCGAUCAUCAAAGACAUCAACACUGAAAAAGUUGAAGGAUAUACUGCUUUGCUUGUCGCAGUCUCUGGUCGUUAUGAUCGGAUAGUCGAUGUGCUUCUGGACGCUGGACCGCAUAUUGCCCCUCAAGAGCCAGGCCUGCAUUCCCAUCUUAUUCCUGAAAGUGAAAGGAUCUCUGGAAGUCCGCAAUCUGGGCCUGAUGCAGCUAGUGCAUCCGCAGAACCCCAUUCUGAUCCACAACUUACCGGGGCUUCCCUUCAGGCGGUAUCUGACAGUGUUUCAUCGGGUCGCCACAGUAUCAUAACCUAUAAAGACGCUAAGGAGAUACAAGGCGAGGAGAACUUGGGACGAUUGAAAGCAUGGGUCCUUGCUCGGGCUACGUCUGCGGCCCAGAACAGAGAAGAGGUUACGAGAUUAAAGGAUCUGGUGAAUGAGCGCGUCUCGAAAUGGGCCGAUGAAAUAGCAGAGAUUCCCUUGAAAAGGAUAGAGAAAUUAAUGCAGGGCUUGGAAUGGACUUAG